CGGGCUUUCAGGGUGUCGGGGUGCCCUCCUGCCCGCACGUGCCCGGCGGGGCCGCGGGGAACUACAAAUCCCAGCAGCCCCCGCGCGACGCCGCUUCCGCGCGGUACCGGGCGGGGCUCGUGCGGCCGGGACUCGCUGGCAUCGGCCCCCAGCACCGCUGGAGCUGCCAUGGAGCGUGGCUGCGUGAUGGACACGUCGGAGCCAGGCAGCGCCGCCGAGGAGGAGGAGGAGAAGGCGACAGAGCCGCGGCCCAGGACCCGCUCCAACCCCGAGGGGGCUGAGGACCGGGCGCUGAGCGCCCAGGCCAGCGUGGGCAACCGCAGCGAGGGGGAGGGCGAGGCGGCCAGCGCUGACGACAGCCCGCAGGGUACGGCUGCGCCCGACGGCACCGCCUGGCCAGGCCCCGCGCCCCCCACCGAGGUCCAGGUCAAGACGCCGCGGGUGAACUGCCCCGAGAAGGUGAUCAUUUGCCUGGACCUGGCGGAGGAGAUGGCUCUGCCCAAACUGGAGUCCUUUAAUGGGUCCAAGACCAACGCGCUGAACAUCUCCCAGAAGAUGAUCGAGAUGUUCGUGAGGACGAAGCACAAGAUCGACAAGUGCCACGAGUUCGCGCUGGUGGUGGUGAACAACGACGCCACGUGGCUCUCAGGGUUCACCUCGGACCCCCGUGAGGUCUGCAGCUGCCUCUACGACCUGGAGACCGUCGUCUGCAAGUCGUUCAAUCUGGAAGGGCUCUUCAACCUGAUCCAGCAGAAGAUCGAGCUGCCGGUGACGGAGAACGUGCAGACCAUCCCGCCGCCCUACGUGGUCCGGACUAUCCUGGUGUUCGGCCGCCCGGGCUGCCAGCCCCAGUUCUCCAUGUCGGAGCACAUGAAGAAGAUGCUGCAGUGCCCCUACUUCUUCUUCGACGUGGUGUACAUCCACAACGGGGCGGAGGAGAAGGACGACGAGACGAGUUGGAAGGAGAUGUACGCCUUCUUCAGCAGCCUGGACACCAAAGGCACCAACUACAAGUACGAGGUGUCGCUGACGGGGCCGGCCGUGGAGCUGCACAACUGCAUGGCCAAGCUGCUGGCGCACCCGCUGCAGCGACCCUUCCAGACGCACGCGGCGUACAGCCUGCUGGAGGAGGACGAGCCCCCCGAGAUCGAGGCCACCGUCUGAGCCGGGGCGGGGGGGGGGCGGCUGGCCGAGAGCCGCCGAUGGCGGGGGUGGGGGUGGUUGGGGAUCGGCAAAGGGCGGCCGGGCGGUGUUACCUGCGAUGGGGGAAAGAGAUGCGGUUUCCU